UUUCGAAUGAAACCCACAUCGUUUCUCGUUGGCCUUGCAGCUCUGGUCGGGCUCGCGUCAGCCGAAUGCCCCGGCGGGUGCUCUGGCAAUGGUGUGUGCGGUCCCCGCGAUAUGUGCUACUGUUUCAAGAACUACGCCGGCAACGACUGCGCCCAGCGCGUGUGCCCGUUUGGGUUUGCCCACGUCGACACGCCCAAAGGCGACUUGGACAUGGAUCGCAACCAAAAGACGGCCGGGUGGAUCUUGGAUCAGUCCCAAGUGUACCCGUACAAAACGUACGAGUGGUUUAACCCGGAUGCCAAGACGAAUGAAGCGCACUUUUACAUGGAGUGCUCCAACAUGGGGAUUUGCGAUCGCUCGACCGGCAUUUGCGGCUGCUUUCCCGGAUUUGAAGGGUCGGCGUGCCAGCGCGCGCAGUGUGCGAAUAACUGCAACGGCCGCGGCGUGUGUAAGUCGCUGUCGGAAAUUGCCGCCUCGGCCGACGCCAAGGGAAAGUUGACGGGAAAUCCCCACGACAAAGUCGCCACCAAGUACAACUUAUGGGACGCCAACGUCGGGCACGCAUGCGUGUGCGACCCGUGGUUCACCGGCGCUGACUGCUCGCGCCGCGCGUGCAAACUCGGCGUCGAUCCGCUCUACAUGGCAGCUGGGUUCCCCGUCCUGGAAACGUUCAUCAUUUACACUGGGAUUGUGCCCGCGUCGACUCACCUGGACUCCGCCAAUUCUUGGUAUCGCCUUCGUGUGUUUGACUCGUACGGCGCGGGGUAUAUCACCGACCGCAUCCCGAUCUACGCCACUGCAGACGUUGCCAAGGCCGUCGCGGCGGUGGAAAAGGCGUUCCUGGAUAUCCCGAACGCGGUCUUUUCCGCGAUUGAUUGCGACUCUGCGGGCGUGGCUGGGACGGUUGGUCAAGGCGUGAUGACAGAUGCUGUCGCGAGCGAAGAAGGCACAGUCAUUGUGUGCCAAUACGUGGACAACCCUGGCCGCAUGCGCUUGCCAGAAGUGGCGGAAUCCCGCUUUGCCAUCACAGGCAAUGUUGUCCAGACGACAGGAACGCGCGCGUUUGUUGCAGCUGGCGACCGCCGCGGCGAAAACAGGGAAUGGAUCACGACCCAGUCUGUCUUUGCAUUCGACGGCACGACGGCGUCGACAACCGUGUUCUCGAUCAAACCUGCCGACCCUACCACGACCCCAUCAACCGUCGCCCCGAUCGCCGCCAACUCGAUCAUUAAGAUCCGUGACCGCCACUUCCUCGUCGCGUCGGUGCAAACGACUGCGUCGAUCACGGUCGUUUGGCCGUACACCGGUCCAACAUUUGCCGACUACUCGACCAUCUUUUACUCGCCGUCGCUCACUGUUGCCGCGGAUGCCACUUCCAAAAUUGUUGCGUGGGCGGUCGGCUCCGACACGUUUGAAAUCGAUGUGGACCCGACGUCGCUGGUCGUGGGCAGCAAGAUCUUCUACCAGAACGUGUACUACUUUGUCCGAUCCAUGUCGCUGACGACAACCCCCAAGACCGUCACGGUGGAUCGAAAAUUCAACGGAAAAGCUGCCGAUGGUACAGCCGUUGCUUCAUCCACGGACGGCCUCUUCAUCGUGUCGAUGCCGAGUCCUGCCACGGGCUUCUUCGAGUACGUUUCCGAGUGCUCCGGACGCGGCAUGUGCUCCCGAGACACGGGCAUCUGCUCGUGCUUCAAGGGCUACACCGAAGACAAUUGCAACAACCAGAACAUCCUGGCGUUCUAGGCAUCGACUUUCCCCUUGUAUACUUUCCAAUACACUGUGCCGUUUUCACGUGAUGCACCACGUUUCAUUGGCUAGUUUUCAAACGUACAGGAUUUCGAUUGGCUUAUGUUUUCUUCACCCUGAUAUUUCAACCAAUCAAAUUGUACACACAUUUGAACGACUUGCUGUCCAACGUGGCAGCGCCAUUUGCU